AUGGAGUUGUGGGAAGGUAUUGCUUCAGAGUUAAACAAUAUCAGCCCUCCAAUACGUAGUGGCAGCGAAUGGAAUAAGGUUUGGUUGGACUAUAAGCUAAAAUUAAAAAGGAAAAUUGCAGAUAAUCGAAAGGAGAUUGCAGCCACAGGUGGAGGACCAUACAACCAACGGAGUUUAACGCCUUUGGAGCAGGCCGUGGACGAGCUGCUCAGCUUGCAGCAGGCAGUAAAUCCAAGCGGAGCCGCAUUUGGUAGCACUACACCUGCACCUGCGCCUGCAUAUUUAGAAGAAGAACAUCUGGAAGAUGUCGAGGUGCAGCCUGAACAGGCUGGAAAUGUUAGCAUUUCCUCUGGGCAGGCACCUACAAGCAGCGUGGAGGACCGCGAAAAUUUGCGUAUGAAGGCUUUAGAGAAACAAGCAGAAACCAAGGAAAGCCUUGUCGGUAUUAUGCACAAUAUUAAUUCGGUGUGUAAUGAAAUUUCUAGAUACACCAGAAAAAUUUACGAAUUAAAAAAAGAAAAAUUGGCGCUUUAUAAAAUGAAAGAAGAAAGAAAGAAGGAAGAAAAUAAAGAAAAAAUAGGCGACAAAAAGAAAAAAUUGAAAUAAAACUAAAAGAAUUGGAAUUAAAAAAAUUUAAAUACUCAAAAUAAAAAAACAUAUUUUCUGCAUAUUCAAAAUUAAUUUCAGUUAUUUUAUUGUAGUUAUGUUACAUAUAUGUACAUAUAUUUUACAUAUAUUUUAGGGAUGCAACUAAACUAUGACAAUGCAUUCGCAAUUUGUCUUCGGCGAUGAUCUGCUACUGUUCCACUGAAGUUUCCUUCAACUGGCUCCAGUGGUACUACGACAUCAACAAAAGUUUCUUCUUCAGGAUCAUUCACAUUAUAUUGUUUGCAAAUAUUGAAAAGUUCGCGUAUGAGUAAAUCAAGAAAAUAGUGAUUUUUGCAGUUCUCUGUUAUGUAUGUACAUACACAUAUAAAUUGUAGUUACCUAAGUAAACCGAAUUAUGAUCUCCUCUUUGGUAUGUUUGCUCCAGAUAUGUUUUUAAUGCGCUAUUGUUCCACACAAAUGAGUCGUGACUAGAUCCUCCAUAUCUUGCAUCAACACACCGUAUAACCAUAUCCUGAUCGCACG